AGCUAGCUUAGUGAUUUAAUAGGUGGCGCGCGUUCGCGCACACUCUCGCAAACACGUAGUAGAGCUGCUGUUAAGCUAUCCUUAUCUAUUGGCACUCCGAUUGUAAAUGACCACGAGAGCGGGUGAUUGAGGUACUUGUUUGUCUUAUCAAAUACGUAUGGGAAGAUGGAUGUCGACGGUCGAUGAAUUCGUCAGUUCAUAAACAACCGUGCAAUCCGAAGGUAUCAUGGCUAGGAUGUGUUUAAUGAUGUUGGGAGUGGCUUUGCUAUCUAGCGCAAGAGCAUACGAUAUACACCAAUCGAACACUUCAAGCAACACCACAACUCGAACAGUUGUGCAAUUUGAAGCAUUAGAUUAUGUGCUACCAAAAACAUCGCUACCCAUUUCAUACGAUCUUUUCCUCGACCUGACAGAUGAUCAUUUUCUGGCGUAUUCCGGAAUGGUCGAGGUGAGGUUCAAACAAUUAGCGAAUUCCAGCGUGUUUGCUAUCAACAGUGCUGGUUUGAGUAUCGAUGAAGGAACUUUGCGUUUGGUGCGGUCCGAUAUGAGUCAUGUUCCGAUUGCCGGCUUCGAAAUCCAACACGAACUACAAAUCGUGUUUAUAAGCUUUAGUGAACAGCUAAUCUUGGACGAAGUGUACACCGCCCACUUGGAGUUUGAGGGUGAUAUUAAUGUCGACUUUUUCAAAGGUCUGUAUAGGAGCAGCUACAAGACAGAAUAUGGAGAAAAGUAUAUAGCAACCACCUUUUUCGCUGCUACGUACGCCCGAACGGUGUUUCCGUGUUACGAUGAGCCGGAAUAUAAAGCCAGUUUCCUGAUUAAGAUUCGUCACGGCGUUAAGUAUACUGCCCUGUCUAAUAUGCCGGAAAGUCAAAGAGACGAAAGUGACGCGUUCGUGGAAACAACAUUCCAGCCAACUCCUCUAAUGUCGACGUACCUCCUGGCGUUCGUGGUAUCGGAACUGAAAACAGUGUCAUCACAGGAUGAGCUCUUCAGAGUUUAUGCUCCGGAAGGCAGAGAGCACCAAACAGCAUAUGCCCAUAGUAUUGCGGCUCGUGCGCUUCGGGCGUUGGAGAACUACUUCGGUCGACAAAACCAAAUGCCGAAGAUCGAUCUGGUAGCUAUACCGGACUUUGCGAUGGGUGCUAUGGAGAACUGGGGUUUGAUAACGUUUCGAGAAGAUUACCUAUUGUAUCAGCCAGGGGAAACGACAGCACAAGCCCAACAAUCUAUUGCGGCUGUAAUCACUCACGAAUUGGCGCAUAUGUGGUUCGGUAACGAAGUUACCCCGGAAUGGUGGACAUACGUUUGGCUUAAUGAAGGAUUUGCCCGUUAUUUCGAGUACUACAUCACGUCACAGCUUGAACCUUCCUGGACAUUCUGGGAGCAGUUCAUCGUGACCAAUGUACACUCCGCACUAGCUCAAGAUUGUCACAGUAAUAAUCGUGCAAUGAGCUACUACAGCUCUGAGCUCUCCAUUGUGAAUGAAUUGUAUGACUACGUCGUUUAUGCCAAGAGUGCGUCCGUCAUACGCAUGAUCCAGAAUGUCAUCGGCUUCGAUAACUUCAGGCCGGCGCUCAAUGAUUAUCUACGAUCACGUAGCUAUCUUACAACGAAUCCACAGUACCUCUAUGAAAGCAUUGAAAAAUUCCGAACAGUCGACCUACCGGCAAGUGUCGAGAAGAUCUUUGAAAGCUGGGCUAACGCUCCAGGCUAUCCGCUAGUAACGGUGACGAUCGAUUGGAACCAACGUACACUGAAGGCCUCUCAGAAGAGGUUCUGGAUGCCGAACGAUCUCGAUACUCCACCGAAAAAUGAACUGUUUUAUGUGCCCCUUAAUUACGGGUUCAACGGUAUGUCGGCCGAAGACAAAGAAAACACCGCCCCAUCUUUUUGGUUAACACCAGAUCAACCGGAGGUGUCGGUCAAUAUUGAUUCCAAUAUUGAUGUGAUCUUCAUGAACAAGCAACAGACUGGAUAUUAUCGGGUGAACUAUGACAAGGAGAGCUGGAAUCAACUGAUUAAAACACUGAAUGACGAUAAGUUUGAUGAGCACAUUCCUGUUAUCAAUCGCGCCCAGCUCGUAGAUGACGUUGCAAAUUUGGCUCGUGCCGGGCUAGUCGAUUACAGUGUCGCAUUGUCGUUGAUGCAAUAUCUGGAGCGAGAGACAGAGUACAUACCAUGGAGCACAGCGUACAAUGCGUUGCUUCAUUUGGAUCGACUAUUCUCGUCAAACUCUGAAUAUGAGCGAUUCGAAAGCUAUGUGCGUAAUCUCACCACUCUAGUGUACCACAAAACCCAAUUGCAGGGGAAACUCGACCAUCUAAGCCUAUUGCAUCGCGAGAAAGCCUUAUACUUGGCAUGCUACUUUGGCGUUACGCCUUGUUUAGCUGAAACCGACAGUGUCCUGCAGGUAGCCCUUGGGAACGAUUCCCUGUACAUCCCAAAAGACUUGCAGCCCACCAUAUUUUGUGCGUUCAACAAACAUAAGUCGCUCAGUGGUACGCAGUAUGAGGCGGUGCUCUUUUCAAAGUUCUUUCAGCAUCCGGCUGAGUUUCUGAUUCUCAAUGGAGCCCCUCGGAGUUCGGUAGAAAUAGGCCCUCCGUGGUAUGAUGAGAAUUAUAACGAUCCCAGUAACCGAUUGGGCAAUCAGUCUGAGCCGAUAUCCUACAAGCUGGAGCUUGACGUAACAAGCUACGACUUUUACUCUUACACCGGCACCGUGGACAUACUGGUGCGAUUCAAUCGCCCAAGUGAUAGCUUCCAUUUGAACAUUGCCGGCCCAGUGAUUGAUAAAGAAAGUAUCAGUGUGACGGGACCCGAAGGAUCGAAUCGAACCCUGAUCGAGACCAUUGAGCAGUACGAUGUUGAGAAAAUUAUGUUCGUUUUUGCUGAAGGAUCUUUUGUGCCGGACAGCACGUACCGAGUGCGUAUGAGCUUUUCGAACAGUAUCGGCACAGAGCUCAAAGGGCUGUACAGGAGUAGUUAUAAAGUGGGCAACAUGACGAGAUACUUGGCUACAACUCAUUUUGAGGCUACAUACGCUCGCACAGUAUUCCCCUGCUACGAUGAACCAUCAUUCAAGGCCACAUAUGAUGUCCAGAUUCGGCACCGUACGGAAUAUAACGCAAUCUCCAAUAUGCCGGUUAUUGAAAAAACUCAAGUGGGUGAUUACACGGUGACAAGGUUCGAUACGACUCCACUCAUGUCAAGCUAUCUGUUAGCAUUUGUUAUUUCCGAUUUUGAGACCAUCUCCCAGGAAUCUGAUCGUUUCCGAGUGUUUGCUGUGGCUCACAAAGUGGCGCACACAGGGUAUGCAUUAGAUUUCUUAGGAAAAUCGAUGCGUACAUUGGAAAACUUCUUCGGUCAUCAGUAUCAACUACCAAAAGCGGAUUUAAUUGCCAUACCCGACUUUGCGAUGGGUGCGAUGGAGAACUGGGGUUUGAUAACAUUCCGCGAGCAGUAUUUGAUUUACGAGGAAGGAGUAACCACUGCGCGAACGAAACAGAACAUAGGUGAUCUUAUCACUCACGAGCUAACUCACAUGUGGUUCGGCAACGAAGUGACCCCGGAGUGGUGGACGUAUUUGUGGUUGAGUGAAGGCUUUGCUCGAUACUUCGAGUACUACAUCACUUCACAGCUCGAGCCAACGUGGAAUCUGUGGGAGCAGUUCAUCGUGACCAAUGUACAUUCUGCUCUCGGGCAGGACUGUCAAAGCAACAAUCGUCCCAUGAGUUAUGAUGCCACAAGACCAUCGUUACUAAAUAACCUUUUCGAUUAUGUGGUUUACGCCAAGAGUGCGUCCGUCAUACGCAUGAUCCAAAAUGUCAUCGGCUUCGAUAACUUCAGGCCGGCGCUCAAUGAUUAUCUACGAUCACGUAGCUAUCUUACAACGAAUCCACAGUACCUCUAUGAAAGCAUUGAAAAGUUCCGAACAGUCGACCUACCGGCAAGUGUCGAGAAGAUCUUUGAAAGCUGGGCUAACGCUCCAGGCUAUCCGCUAGUAACGGUGACGAUCGAUUGGAACCAACGUACACUGAAGGCCUCUCAGAAGAGGUUCUGGAUGCCGAACGAUCUCGAUACUCCACCGAAAAAUGAACUGUUUUAUGUGCCCCUUAAUUACGGGUUCAACGGUAUGUCGGCCGAAGACAAAGAAAACACCGCCCCAUCGUUUUGGUUAACACCAGAUCAACCGGAGGUGUCGGUCAAUAUUGAUUCCAAUAUUGAUGUGAUCUUCAUGAACAAGCAACAGACUGGAUAUUAUCGGGUGAACUAUGACAAGGAGAGCUGGAAUCAACUGAUUAAAACACUGAAUGACGAUAAAUUUGAUGAGCACAUUCCUGUUAUCAAUCGCGCCCAGCUCGUAGAUGACGUUGCAAAUUUGGCUCGUGCCGGACUAGUCGAUUACAGUGUCGCAUUGUCGUUGAUGCAAUAUCUGGAGCGAGAGACAGAGUACAUACCAUGGAGCACAGCAUACAAUGCGUUGCUUCACCUAGAUCGUAUGUAUGCUGGAUACGAAGGAUAUCCAAGGUUCGAAACCUAUGUUCGCACUCUUACUAGCUGUAUGUAUGAAAACGUGCGGCUAGUAGGUUCCGUGGAUCACAUUAAUAGGCUACACCGGGGAAACACCGUCUAUCUUGCAUGCUAUUCGGGUGCUACAACAUGUUUGCACGAUGCCUCUACUCUUAUUAAUAAGACUAUUGAUGAUCCAUCCUUCGUUAUUCCUGAAGAGACACAAGCUGCAGUCUUUUGUGCGCUCCACAAGCACGGGCUAUCAGUCACAGUUAAUGAUACAAUCGCAUGGUUUGAGGGACAAUUCUUAGCUGAAAGUGUAGACUUGGACAUGAUCAACCGAUACAUUACCAGUGUCGGUUGUUCCCGAAACGAAAAGAUCCUACACUAUUACCUAUCGCUAACUAAUCAAAACGAACCAAGCCUUCCGAUAACGAUCGCUACCCGAAACCAGAUUUAUCUCGCUCUUAUCGGUGGAAGCUCAACGGCUCGAACUGCGGCGCUAAACUAUUUGUAUGAACAUUAUUACACAGUUGCGUACCUGAUACCAGACAUGUUGCCUAUUAUCGCCGAGCUGGGUAAUCGCAUCAAUAAACGAUCCGACUAUGAAUUGCUCGUUCAAAUUAAGGAAAAGUAUAGAGGCACAAUGCUGGCUACCAUUGUAGAAGCCAUUGAAGGUGCUAAACAAAAGGCAGAGCAGAAUAUUGCUUGGAUCGAAAGCUACUCCUCAUCCGUCAACUCUUGGCUCAUCGAUGAAAUGUACGAGGGUACGACUCAAGAACCACCGGGUGAUGGCGGGUCUGCACGUGUCUGGGGAAGUCUUACAUUGCCUACAGUUUUAUUUGGUUUGAUCAUUGGCAAAAUUAUGAAUUACUUAUGAACUGCCAAUGAGAGUGGCAUUGAUUGUGAAUGAAUUGACAAUAAAACACAGAAAUGUUUCACUAACA